AUGAACCCAGCAAGACUUCUGAGGCUCCAACCUUUGCGGGCAGCUGCCCUGAAGCAGCCGGCCCUCCGCCAGUCUGCCCUGCGACAGACCAGACCGUUCCACAACUCUAGGGUGAUGUUUAGGACAAAGGUGGCAAUUGACGAAGGCUCCUCAGCACACACUAUUACCCAGCGACUUCGCAGUCUCAAAAAGAUCCCUCCGGAACUGCUCCCCCUUGGUGUCGUCCUUCUCGUCGCUCUCUUCGCAGGCGCCUUCGCCAUGGCCCGGAAGCUUAUGACGGACAAGACUCUCCGCCUACACAAGAACCCGCCAAAGCCAGCGCAUUAA